AUGUGUUUUAGGGCUAUGCUGAUGGCUUAUGGUAGUACUUGUAUCAGCAUGAUUAUUUUUCUUCUUUACAAGGGGGAUGCCUUCAUAUAUCGUUUCCCAUUUUCUCCGGACAAUCCCUCUCAAGUUCACCUUGGACUCUUGCAUCUCUUUCAGUCUUUAGGGCUCUUUUUCAAUACUUUCUUUGUGGUUGCUGGAGAUCUUUGGGUUGCUAUCAUUGGGAUUCACAUAAUGGGAAUGUUGAGGGUCUUGGCAGAUUUCAUUCGACUUCUUGAUGAAUCCUCUCAGAAUCAUUCUAGCCUCUUGAGAAGAAUUCAAACCCUUCAUGCAGACAUUAUCAACCACAAUCGCAUCUUCAAUGAUCUAAUCUUUCAUCUGUUGACUGCUCAGCUCCUUUCUAGCAUCUUCUUGAUCCUGAUGAGCCUCUCAGCUGUGAAAUAUGACGCUGUAGGAUUUGUCUCCUACUUCCUGGGAGGCUCAUCUAUAAUCCAGUUGCUGCUGAUUUGUCUGUUCGGAGAGAUCAUCUUCAUGCGGUAUAGUGAUAUCGACCGUUGUCUCAAUCUGACCAAGUGGUACGAGAUGUCCCUGACUGACCAGAGGAACUUCAUUCUAAUCCUGAGAAUGGGUCAGAAACCUUACGGUUUGAAAGCAGGAGGGAUGUAUGAUGUGUCGAUGCCAACCUUCAUUGACAUUGUGAAGCUUGCCAUUUCAUACUGUGCCAUACUGUUUGCCUUUAUUGAGUAA